UCUCUUAUUUCGCACACCCGGAAGUACGUCACGUUUAUCGACUGACGGCGUGAACUUGGGCAGCGCGUCCGCGUUUCGUCUUGUUUUGUGUUUUUGUCGCCGUUUGUCACGAGACGGGCGGCUCGUUGUUUUAUCGGUGCUCGCGCGACGAAACGGUCACCGAGGGAACGGUCGCACGUUACGCAAUGCGCGUGACGGCGACAGAGUGACUCCUCGCGCAUAAAAACAAGCUAGCUCAGGCAGCUAGCUCGGCGGCUAAGUCAAACAUUUCUCGGCGUCAGAGGCGGACACCGAGUUUCUGACUCCUCUUUUUGUUUUAACGCGUCUUUUCUGUCACUUGAAAUGGCUUUAGUAACGGCGUCACGGAGGCUGGCUCAGGUGAGCUUACGGGGAUACUCGCGGAGGACGGCGGCGGCUUCAGGUGCCUGGCUGUCGGCUCAGAGGAGUUUCACCGCCGGCAUACAACCUCUGAGGUCGGACAAUAAGGUGACGAUCCACUUCAUCAACAGAGACGGACAGAAGAUCUCGGUGAAGGGCUCACCUGGAGACUCGCUGCUAGAUGUGGUCAUCAAUGAAGACCUCGACUUUGAUGGCUUUGGAGCGUGUGAGGGGACCCUGGCGUGCUCCACCUGCCAUCUGAUCUUUGACGAGGACGUCUACAAGAAACUGGGGGAGGUCACAGACGAGGAGAUGGACAUGUUAGACUUAGCCUACGGCCUGACUGAGACAUCUCGUCUGGGUUGCCAGGUCUGCCUGACAAAGUCUCUGGAGGGCAUCGUGGCACGGGUUCCAGAGAGCGUAGCGGACAUCCGACAGAGCCAAGAUGGAUCCUCUUAACGGGGAGCCCGUGCGGUUGUGUCCGGUCAGAACUGAGGGUACACAUGUGCAUGGGGACAACGGAUUGGUAGGUCCAACGCGGUCGGCACGGCUGCCCUCACGUCACUUUCUCAUUUUAAAAACGAAACAAACUUCCAAGUCAGGGUCCACUCAAGACAGCUCUCAGCAACUGUGACUGACAAUGUUAAAGACAAUCAUUGUUCAUAGUACAACUACACUAGGUACCUCCAGUUAAAGUGUCACUUACAGUACAGUGAUAACUUCAAAGCUAAGUCAAACCUGUGAUCUGAUCUAAUUCUAAACUCUGUUGUCCAUUUUAAUCACUGUAACUCUUUGUACGUAUGGACACAUCAGCUUAAAACAGCAGGGUUAUAGUCCAGAUACCCAGAGCCCAUCACUGCUGUACACCUCUAGUUUGUGUCUGUGCCUUCAAUUAUCAGCCUUUUUCUUUUCUUGUAAGUAUGACUGAAUUCACACUGCUGCUUGCAGUUUUCGUUUAGCUCAGGGACUGCAGAUCUGGUCAUGCAUCAUCAGAUACUUCUCCUGUGUUAAUUCAGUCAUAUCCGAUGUGCAGAACCGACACAGCCGACUGAACGUUUAACAAAUGCAACUAACAGUUCUGAACGCCUUUUUAGAUUAUGAAAGACUGUAUUUUAUUCCACACUAUAUGUAUACCCCCUACUAUUGUUGGUCUGAUCGAAUCCUCCAUGUAACCAUGUAAUUUCGUCAUGUGAUUGUACAUAGACCACACGCACACACACAUAUAUGUGUAUAGAGUGAAAAGUAAUGUAAUAAAGAGAAAAUAACCUUUCUAACGGCGUGUUGAACUGUCAGUUUCUACUUGUUAUAUACACCAUAUUCUGUUUCCCUCGCCACAAUUGUAAGCCAGUAAUUACGUGACAUUGAACAGGUUUUCACGUAGGUCAUUUUAUUUGCAAAAGCAGAUUUUGAAGCUUAUCAACACAUCAUAUGAAUACAUAGAAAGUAGUCAGACAAUAAAAUAAAGCAACAGUCUAUUUAAACAAGUUUUGAGCUGCAUGAAAUAUAAAGCUAUAAAAACAUGAAUGUACCCAUUUUUCUUGAAGGAUCGUAUUUACAUAAUAUAAAUAUUAGGACAGGUCACGUGAUUUAAUUCAAAUCAACACAGGCUUGUGUGAAAACAAAACAUUAUUGGCAACAAAUAGAGAACAAGGAUCAUAUCUACAAAUAAAUCUACUGCAUGUGUGUGCUGGAACACGCAACAGUUUAUAUUUAAAGAGCACAGACGCUCUGCAGCCAGUAAAACCUAAUCCUUGUCGUCUAGUUCAGUUGGAAUAUUUCAGUACCUCCAUAGACAC